AUGCAGCCUCAAACGCUCCCACCUGAACUAUGGGAUUCCAUCUUCUCGUUCUUAUACGACGAUCGUCCUGCGAGUCUUCGAUCUUGCGCAGGGGUCAACAAGCAAUUCUCUGAGCUGGUUGAAAAGUAUCUCUACCGGAAAGUCACCAUAACCAACCACGGGGGGCUACGUGCAUACCCAGAGGCCUACUCGGCAGAGCAGAUGGCCAAACUGUUGCAAAACAAGCCGCACAUUUCAUCUUACGUCCGGUCACUCAACAUUGAAACAUAUAUUUUCGACACAUCGAUUCGGAUCCGAAGUGAAAAGGUCCUGGGGCAUACUAUAUCUCUUUUCCCGAAGCUUACCGAGAUAUCGUUGAGUGGAUGUCAUCACAUUAUGGCCUCGUGGAUCAUAUUCCACGGGGAAUUUCAGAAAUCGUUUGCUCAUAUCCUCCGUCUUCCAACGCUAGAAACCCUCACGAUCCAGGACAUGCGACAAUUUCCGCUGCACCUUCUUGAUUAUUGCACGUCGCUUAAGACUCUGAGGCUUCUCAGGGUUCAGGCAGCAAUGUUGGGUUUACAUUCACCGUUGGCCUUGCCUUCUCCUCCCGCCCAGGGACUAUCCAACCUGCUCACACUUGAGCUGUCUAAAGGGGUUGGCGCAGAUUUAGGACCAUUAAUCUUCUGGUUUAUAUCCCCAAAGACCCCAUCUACAAUCUCUUUGAAGGCUCUGCAUAUACACCUAACACAUCUGUAUGAUGCCCCGCUCAUUCAGCUCCUUCUGAACUCAAAGCCAGCCGAUUCAGUAAAGAGCUUAUACAUGAAUGUUAACUCUCAAGUUCGUACUGUUUUUCAUGCAAAUGCCUACAAUGAACUGCAUAGGACAUCAUCUCCAAGCAACGAGCAGAUCUGGGACCUUUCUUCGCUCACCAGCCUGCAAACCAUCGAAAUAUCCGCAAGCAUCGAUUUUGCCCGGGUGGUGUCCCGGUACGGCUCGACGAUACUAAACGCAUCCUACGUGCUCUACUCGCCCAUACCAUGGAUCACCCGUCUCCUCGAAAAGCCAUCACUGCCCCUCAUUCAGCUCAGAAGUGUAGUUAUCGUCCUUACGUUGCCAUUGAGCAUCGAUGCGGUGCUCCUGCUGGGAAAGAUGGAUUGGAAGCCGUUGACGGAUAUUAUAUGGUUGCUCGCUCGACGCUAUAGUCUCCGUUCCGUCGAGAUUAGGCUGAUGACCUCUUCACACCAGCAUUUCCAUGGAGAGACAGUGACCCAUGAUGUGCAGGAGAUUCUCACUAUGUUGGAGGAUAAUCAACAUCUCGAAAUGUUAAUCAGGAAGGGUAUCUUGAAGUUAAACAGUAGCGAAUUGGCCAUCACUUUUCCUUCAAAUUAA